CGCUUUUCGUUAAGAAGUUUUGCUUAUAAAAGUAAGUGUUCUUACAUAGAUGACUAAACAUUUGUGACAGAAUACUCAAUGAGACACUAACACAAACAUUAAUUCAUAAGCGAAAUGAAAUAAACAGUGUAGCAGAGGUAUCAGGCCGUCCGUCAUCAUCCGAAAAAGUAUCGUAAAGAGUGACAAUACCAAUAGAUAAACUAUUUAGGGGUUUAAUUCGUGAUUUGUUCCACGUAGAAGCAUCUGUCUCACCCUUUGUCAUUUAAAAAAUGACAACAGAAACAACCGAUUUGCUGUCAAAUUCUUCACAGAAAGGACAUCAUUGGACUACCACACAUAAUUGGAAUACCACACUGAAUUGGAAUUCCACAGUGAAUUGGGAUCCCAAUAUGAAUUCCACCAAAUAUGAUAUUGACCAAUCGAUGAACGGAAGCGUUACACUGGAACCAGAGUAUGGACUUGCUGGAGAUAUCACCAGCAAUCCUGAAAACACGACAUACCAUCCAAUAGAGAUGUACGACGACUAUUUUUACCCAGGAUUUUCAUUCGAGAAGCCAAUAUAUCAAAUUAUUUGGGAAGUGAUGGUGAUAGUCACAGCACUAGUCAAUGUAUUGGUAAUUGUUGUGCUUCUGAGGAAAAAUAUGCGAUCUCGCACAAACAUGAUUCUUACAGCUAUUGCUUUCGCUGACACAUUGACAGGAGUUGUAACUCUUCCAACGUACAUCAUGGCUUAUCAGAAAUUUGUGCCCGCGCAACAGUUUAACUCAAGUGAGUAUGGUGGUUUGUAUUAUGACAACGACAUGGAAGUAACAACUGUUUCUGUGCCAAACGCAACUCUUCCAGCAACAAGUAACAAUUACGUUGAAGAUAACUCGUUCAACCAAUACGACGUGUAUGUAUUGUCGAAAACUCUGUGUACGUGGUUCAUGCUGACUAAGUUUUUCUUGUCGAAGAUUUUCCACACGAUGUCAAUUUUUCUGACGUUGUUCCUGGGCUUCCAGCGUUUCAUGUCCGUUGCUUAUCCGUUUAUUGCGAAAAAAACAACAAUGAAAUCAACGAUUGUUACGUGCAUAGUGAUCUUUACUUUUUCUCCCGUUCUGCAUAUUUACCACGUUGUAAACGAGAAAGCUCAAGAAGGCAUGUGUGAAUGGAAACUUGAAAACUGCGAGGGAGACUGUGUGUUUCUGUGGAUUGUCCUGAUUUUCAGACAUUUCGUCCCAUGCACACUUCUGACCGUGUUUACAUUGCUGUUCGUUCGAGAACUAAACAAAUCGAGAAGGAUCGGAGGGAACCGCGAACAAAAUGCACGCCGCGAGCGGGAAAACAGGCGUGCUACUAUCAUCGUCAUAGCGAUCGUCAUCGUGUUCCUGAUUCCCGAAAUCCCCUAUGGGAUCUUUCUUCUCUUUUCCGUAAUCAGCAGGCACACAAACAAGAAGUUUGAUUUGGAAAAGAAUCGCCUAAUCCAUGCCAUCUACGAGCUCACCCUGAUAGCCUCUUUUCACGUAAACUUUUACAUCUACACCUUUCUGAACAAACGUUUCCGCGAAGGGCUCAAGCGAACAAUCGUUUACCCAGUUCAGACGUUGUUCGGACGUACAUACCGAUGGUCGGUAUCGCGAAGUCAAACUGGACGCACAAGUGAAUCGCCAGGGAGAACAUUGAAUUCAAGUCUGAGUUCCAAGAACGAAACAAUGUUAAGGCAGAUGAAUCCGGGCCAGGUAGGGAAGGCGUUAAACGAAGAUUCCAACCUGACUGAAACAAAACUUACAAAUGGUACAAGUGUUUCCACGGACUCCAAAAAUGAGUAGCAGAGACUACAGAACAACCCAAAUACGACAUUCUUCAUCAACGAGUCACAAUUCAUGGCGUGAGAUUCCAAGGAUUACAAGGGCCAAGUUAUAAGUGCGGCAUUAUAAUGAAAUCGUUCUUAUGUUCUUGCCCUUUAUAGGCUGCGAUAGGAAUGUCCAUAAUUCCAUUAAAUUUCACCAAUGAAUUCAGUUAAUUAACUGUUUUCGUUUUGAAGAACUUUUGUUACUAAGGUUGUCAUCCCUUCGAUUAUUCGAAACCUUCAGUGAAUUUGUUAAAGAUGCACUCUUACUCCCAAAUAAGAUUUACAACAAUAAAUGAAAUUGUUUUAACAGUCCUUAUGGAUGAAUAAAUGUCGAAAACGAUGGUUCUUAUGAAGGAUACCGAAUUUAAUUUGAAAUAAAUGUGAAUGAAACACGGUAUUUCUACCUUUAAAUGUAUAGUAGAUCACAGUAAAUCUUUUAGCAUUCACCAAUCAUUUAAUACUUUACGCUUUCUGCUGUUAAAUACACGGUUACAAUCUUGUUUUCAGCAAUUAAUAUUUUCAAUAAUUGCAUUAUUUUGUAAGUAGUUGAAAGUUUAUCACUCAAAAUUUGUGUUUGUUAUACAUAUGUAUGUAUUGAUUUUGAAUAAUAGUGUCACUUUAAUGCAGCGCCAAAACGCGUGCAGAUGUUUUCCUAUAAAAUCAGGUUAUGAGUCAAAGGAAUAUCAUCCAUUUGAAGUAUAUGAGGUUCUAAGUCGGUUUUUUUUAUAAUGACGAAAGUUUUGUUUAUUUGAUUUUAUUGUUUCUGUAUCUAUUUUUAUAGUUUAUCAUACCUUUAUUUGCAUAUUUUUGUUCUUAUUUUUGUUGUUGAUAUUUCUGAAAAAUUUUAUAUUUUUUUUAAUUUCUUAUUAUUUCUCAAUUAUUAGUUUAUAUCUAUAUAUAAGUCCAAAUAAACCUAUAUAUUUGUU